AACCAAAAUUGUGUUUUGUAUAAAUUUUCCAAAACCUCUAUUGCCCCAACAAAUUUCUUCCUUGAAGGGAGAGACGCAAAUCGCUCUAGCUCUCUCUGUCUCUAUAUAUAACAGGCACGACCUCUAUCGCGAUUCUCCAAAAAGAUCACUGUUCGCUGCUCUUUGUUCUUCGGCUUCGACCUAAGCUGAGGGAUACGUAGGGUUUUUAUCUCUGCUGAAGCUUCUUUUUGAAUAUUCGGGUUAUCUGAGAAGUUUUUAUUCAAGAAUGGACCAGCGGAAGACUAUUGAAUUGGACGAGGGAUGGGAUUACAUGCAGAAGGGGAUCACCAAGCUGAAGAGGAUUCUGGAAGGGAAACCAGAACCACAAUUCUGCUCAGAAGAAUACAUGAUGCUUUACACAACUAUCUAUAAUAUGUGUACCCAAAAGCCUCCUCAUGAUUACUCUCAACAGCUCUAUGAAAAAUACCGUGAAUCAUUUGACGAAUACAUUACUCUCUCGGUAUUGCCAUCUUUAAGAGAGAAGCAUGAUGAGUUUAUGCUGAGGGAGCUUGUGAAAAGAUGGGGAAACCACAAAGUUAUGGUUAGGUGGCUGUCACGCUUCUUUCAUUAUCUAGAUCGCUAUUUCAUUGCCCGGAGAUCACUUGCUUCGUUGAAUGAAGUUGGGCUGACUUGCUUCCAUGAUCUGGUCUACACUGAGUUACAUGCUAAAGCCAGAGAUGCUGUAAUUGCUCUUAUUGAUAAAGAACGUGAAGGCGAGCAGAUUGACAGAGCAUUGUUAAAGAAUGUUUUGGAUAUAUUUGUGGAGAUUGGAAUGGGAAAAAUGGAUUUCUAUGAACGAGAUUUUGAAGAGUACAUGCUUCAAGAUACUAGUGAUUACUACACAAGGAAGGCAUCCAAUUGGAUUCUGGUUGAUUCUUGUCCAGAUUACAUGUCAAAAUCUGAAGAAUGUCUGAAGAAGGAAAGGGAGAGAGUAGCUAACUAUCUGCAUUCUAGCAGUGAGCCAAAGUUGGUGGAGAAAGUGCAACAUGAGUUGUUGGUGGUGUAUCAAAAUCAACUGCUUGAAAAGGAACAUUCUGGAUGUCGUGCAUUGCUUAAAGAUGAUAAGAUGGAUGAUCUUUCAAGGAUGUAUAGGCUUUACAAUAAGAUACCUAAAGGCUUGGAUCCCGUUGCUACUGUAUUCAGACAGCAUAUUGCUGCUGAUGGUGCAGCCUUGGUCCAACAGGCUGAAGAUGCUGUUGCUAGUAGUCAGGGAGGAAAUGCUGCUGGUGGGCAGGAACAGGUUCUUAUCAGAAAAUUUAUCGAGCUUCAUGACAAGUAUAUCAAGUAUGUGAAUGAUUGCUUCAUGAACCACACACUAUUUCACAAGGCGUUGAAAGAGGCUUUUGAGGUAUUUUGCAACAAAACUGUUGCUGGCAGUUCGAGUGCCGAGCUGCUGUCAACAUUCUGUGAUAAUAUUCUCAAGAAGGGCGGAAGUGAGAAACUGAGCGAUGAAGCCAUUGAAGAAACGCUUGAUAAGGUGGUUAAGCUGCUUGCAUAUAUUAGUGAUAAAGACCUUUUUGCUGAAUUCUACAGAAAAAAGCUUGCUCGUCGUUUGCUUUUUGACCGUAGUGCAAGUGAUGAUCAUGAAAGGAGUAUCUUAUUGAAACUAAAGCAGCAGUGUGGUGGGCAGUUCACAUCAAAGAUGGAAGGGAUGCUCACAGACUUGACACUUGCAAGAGAAAACCAGACUAACUUUGAGGAAUAUCUGAGCAAUAACCCUACUGUGAAUCCUGGGAUUGAUUUGUCAGUUACAGUUCUUACAACAGGGUUCUGGCCAAGUUAUAAAUCCUUUGAUCUUAAUCUCCCUGCUGAGAUGGUGAAAUGUGUAGAAGUUUUCAAGGCAUUUUAUGAAACAAAAACGAAACACAGAAAGUUGACUUGGAUUUAUUCGUUGGGCACUUGCCAUAUUAAUGGCAAGUUUGAGCAGAAGACGAUCGAACUUAUUGUAUCAACAUAUCAGGCUGCAGCACUGUUGCUUUUUAAUACUUCAGAUAGACUAAGCUACACUGAGAUCAUGACUCAGUUAAACUUGACCAAUGAUGAUGUAGUCAGAUUGCUUCAUUCGCUUUCAUGCGCCAAGUAUAAAAUUCUCUCUAAGGAACCAAAUACGAAAACUAUCUCUCAGUCUGACUACUUUGUGUUCAACCACAAGUUUAACGACAGAAUGAGGAGGAUUAAGAUCCCUCUUCCUCCUGUUGAUGAAAGAAAGAAAGUUAUUGAAGAUGUGGACAAAGAUAGGAGAUAUGCUAUAGAUGCAGCACUCGUGCGCAUAAUGAAGAGUAGGAAAGUUUUAGGUCAUCAACAAUUAGUCUCGGAGUGUGUGGAGCAGUUGAGCCGCAUGUUCAAGCCUGAUAUCAAAGCUAUUAAGAAGCGGAUGGAGGAUCUAAUCACCCGAGAUUAUUUGGAAAGAGACAAGGAAAACCAGAAUUUAUUCAAGUAUUUGGCAUAAGCACUGGGUGCGCAUAUGAACGAAUGGUUCACUAUCUGGCUCAACUUGGCUGAGAGAGUUGAUAGAAGCUCAAUCCACGAUUCAUUGCUGUAAAUUAUGUGUAGCUUCCAUUAUUUUUGCAGUAACAGCAGUAGUAGCUGAUUCCUGGACCAUCUAUACAAAUAUUCUGGUUUUUGCAGUUUGAAAGCCAGUUUUGUCUGAUUUAGUUACCUUAUAUCAUCUGCAUCUAUGGGUAGAAAGCAAGAAUGCUUAUGUUCCUGCAGUCUGUAGUGCGCCAUCGACUUGCUAUGCUAGUAGUAGUACAUAAUUAUUGUUUUGUAGUUUGAAAGUGUUCUAUUGGCAGUCUUUGUUGUUUUUCUUGGCUA